GUAUUUGUAUAAAAUGUGGAAAAGGUGUGUAUGGAGCGAGCCAGGCUUGCCAAGCAAUGGGUAACCUCUAUCAUACCAACUGCUUCACGUGCUGCUCUUGUGGGAGAAGACUACGAGGAAAAGCAUUCUACAAUGUCAACGGCAAAGUGUACUGUGAAGAAGACUUCCUAUAUUCAGGUUUUCAGCAAACAGCAGACAAGUGCUUUGUUUGUGGACACCUCAUAAUGGAAAUGAUCUUACAGGCCCUUGGAAAGUCAUACCAUCCUGGCUGCUUCCGCUGUGUGGUAUGUAACGAAUGUUUGGAUGGAGUCCCCUUCACUGUAGAUGUGGAGAACAAUAUUUACUGUGUCAAAGACUAUCACACGGUUUUUGCACCAAAAUGCGCUUCCUGUAACCAGCCGAUUCUGCCAGCACAGGGCUCUGAGGAGACCAUUCGAGUCGUGUCAAUGGACAAAGACUACCAUGUGGAAUGCUAUCACUGCGAGGAUUGUGGUUUGCAGCUCAAUGAUGAAGAAGGCCAUCGUUGUUACCCUUUAGAGGGCCACUUGCUCUGCCACGGCUGUCACAUUAGGCGCCUUAAUAUUAAAUUGCCAUCACAUCCACCUCCGAGUUAUCCAAUGCAUGUCACAGAACUCUGAAAGACAUUUUCCAUUUACCACAAGCCGUAUAAAAGAGAAGACAGAAAAAUCUAAAAAUGACUUUCCUGUUCCCUUAAAGAUGAGAUUCCUGUAAUAACCAUCCUAACCAGCUAUUUAUUUUUUAAAUCAGAGGUGAAGGGUCCUUUCUGAUCUUGUACAUAUGCAUUCUUUUAUCUAGACAUUUUCACUGAGACACUGUCUACUUGAACAAAUAAUGCACCACUAAACUGUAACUGUAAAUGGCAGCAUUUCAAAAAACAGUGGUACAAAGGGCUGUUCUGCACUCCCUUAUUCACUUUCCUUCAAUUGAGGUUUUUGCCCAAGUAAGGAGUGUAGAAUUGCUACCCAAAAGUUAGCACCUUAUCAUAUCACAGCAAGCACAAUAAGAUAAAUGCUAGCAUUUUAGCUAGUUUCACUGCAUUCUGGUCUUAGAGAAUACAGGCUCGUGUUUUUAAAAACUUAGAUUCCCAUACGUAGUGAAUAGGAAGCAAAUGAGUAUUUUUAGCAAUGACAGUUUUCAGCAUGGGUUAGGUAAUGGUAUUCUAUGAAGACGCUUCAGGCCAACUUUCCAUGCUGCUUGGUUCCACAGUCAUCCGAAGACUAGAGCUUGUUGAAGAAAUAUGGCAAGCAUCUCAUAUAGAAACCACAUCACAGAAUAACAUCCAUUUGAAGUGUUAAAAGAUUGGUACAUGCAGGGUUGUAGCAGUUGAAGAAAGUUAUAGACCUCUGUAAUUACUUGUCAUGUACAAGAGGUAGCCAUGGUUUCAAAACACAUUCACAUUGACUUGAUGAUUUGGCACUUACUAAAAAUUCAUAUUUUAAAGCUUUUUUUUUGUUAAUAGGGUUAGCAGCCCCUUUGGCUAUGCAAAGUUACACUUCUCUUUCUUUAUGCUACUUGUUUUAUACAAGACUUCAUUUGUUACCAACUGCUUUACAAUUGUAUGUUGAAACAUUAUAAAAAAGGGGAGGGGGGGGCGGUGGUUUUGUAUUAUCUUUGCAGCUUUGUGUUCUUUUCCAGAUGUACUUUUGAACGAUUAUGGUGAUUGUCUUCAUUUGAAAACAAAGUACAAUUUAGCAGAAAUAAUAAUUUAGAAAAUCAGACAAUUGAAGCAUUGGUAUUUUAUAACAAGUAUUAGCUGUACAUAGAAUGUACACACUUUCAUAUUUUGCAUAAGCUUUUACAGUAACCUCAGAGCUCUGGGGAAAUAUGUGUCUUCCAUAUAGGAAGUUAGAUGAAUCUUUUUUAUGGUUUGUUUUCUACCAUGUGUUGAUGAUUUACAUGCAAAUCACACAUCUGUAUGUUUAAAAAAAUUCCUUGCAUUCUCAUGAGAAUUGAUCCAGCCUUCCUGAAUUUAUAUUUUAAAUAAAUCCAUCAUUGCUGUCUUCAA